AUGUUCGCAAACCGCCCACCCGUCUUAGGUGUUGCUUUCAGCUGCCUAGCUUUUGGUGUCUUUGGUUCUCCUACGCCUGGGAGGGGCUCAGAUAGCGGAAGUCUGCAGGCUCGUGCCUGGCUCGGCGGCGUCGACGUGAACCUGGCGUGCCAGAUCCAGAAUGGCGACGGAUGGACGUCCCAGAAGAAUGACAACGGCUGCGACGGAUGGGUCUGCAUAAUGGACGGCAAGACGGCCAGCGUCAACAUGGAUGUUGCCUGUGUUACCCAGUACUAUCUCAAUCAGGCAUAUGCUAAAUGCAAGGGAGGCGUGUAUGACUGGGCCUGCUACCUUUGA